UGCUGAAAGCGUCAUGAAACCAUCAGCCAAUCACAGAGCAGCAAGUAGAUGGGCGGGACGACAACUACGGUAACUGAAACCGCCGUGAACUUUGCCGGGUGUUGAACUACCUCUUUAUUCUGUUUGUAUCAAGUAUGGGCAGUGUCUUGACUGCCACGUCCCCCAGUCCAGCCCCAGUUGUAGCUGGAGGUGCUGCGGGGGUGCAAGGGUUGCUGUCAGUCCCACCUGGGUUCUCUGUGCCCUCAGUGUCUUCCGUCCCUCAAACAUCUACGCCUGGCCAGGAAACUGCAGAUACAGACUCCUUACUCCCAAACCCUGGCACGUAUGAAGAGUGCCACCGCAAAUGUAAAGAGGUCUUCCCCCUGCAGAUGGAAGGGGUUCGGUUGCUGGUCAACAAGGGCCUCAGCAAUCACUUCCAGGUCAGCCAUACUGUUACCCUCAGUACCUUGGGUGAUUCUGGUUAUCGGUUUGGUGCCACCUAUGUAGGCAGUAAACAGACUGGACCAGCAGAGUCAUUCCCAGUCAUGGUUGGCGACAUGGACAAUACUGGCAGUCUCAAUGCCCAAAUCAUCCACCAGCUUACCACUGCUGUACGCUCCAAAAUAGCCAUCCAGACUCAGCAACACAAGUUUGUAAACUGGCAGUGUGAUAUGGAGUACAGAGGUGAAGACUUCACUGCUGCUGUGACCCUUGGAAACCCAGAUGUCCUUGUUGGAUCUGGCAUUUUAGUGGCCCACUAUCUUCAGUCUGUCACACCGAGUCUUGCUCUGGGUGGUGAGCUUGUGUACCACAGUAGACCAGGAGAAGAAGGAACUGUCACAUCCUUUUUGGGGCGAUACACAGGUGACAACUACGUUGCUACUUUAACUUUAGGAGGUGCAGGGGCUCAUGCUACAUACUAUCACAAAGCCAAUGAUCAGUCUCUUCCAAUGCAGUUGCAGGUGGGAGUUGAAUUUGAAGCCAACACUAGGAUGCAAGAUACCACCGCAUCUUUUGGUUACCAGCUGGACCUUCCCAAAGCUAACCUGCUCUUUAAAGGUACAGUUGACAGUAACUGGGUGGUUGGGGCAACACUGGAAAAAAAAUUAGUGCCACUGCCCCUCACAUUGGCCUUAGGGGCUUUCCUCAACCACCGUAAGAACAAGUUCCAGUGUGGCUUUGGUGUCACCAUCGGCUAGUCAGCUAUGGACUGCCCACAGAAUGCUUGCAGGUCUUUGCUUGGACUGGCACAGAGACAUGCAAGGACCUGGACUAACUUUUAAAAAUUGGAUUCAGAGACUCUCUUACCACCUUGAUUUCUGGGACACAAAGAGAGACAAAGAUCUGUUGAGGAGCCAGGACUGGCCAAGCCAUGCCUACAAUACUGUAGCACAAAUGUCUUUCCUGUAUGGUGUAUAUACCCAGAGGCUAGAAAAGGUCUAUAACAGAGGGCAUCAAGUGAUGCAUGAGCUUGUGUGAUGUUAAAAAUCAGUGGCUAGACAUAAUAUAUGAUCAAGUGUGGACUGAAAUAAAUGUCAUAACUUUUUUUCUAA